AUGCCUGCACCGUUUGAGCUGCCGGGCUACCACUGGGACGAGUCGCGCCAAAAGUUUUUCAAGACCGAGAGGACGGCGACGGCGCCGACGGGCGCCAGCUGGGCGCAGGCCGAGGUGCGCCACCGCCAGCAGCAGGACGAGCAGCGCAGCGGCUGCAAGCGGCGGCGGGUAGAGGGAGGGGGUCAUGGUCGUGAUCGUGAUCGUGGUCAAAGUCAGGGCGAUCCACCACCACCGCCCAUCGUGCGGGCGCCCGUGUUUGGCCGCCUCUCGGUCCUGCUGGAGCGGCCGCUCGACCGAUCCGCGCCGUCGGCAUCAUCAUCGUCGUCGCCGCUGUCGGUGGCCGCCGCGGCCGUCGCGCGUGGGCUCUGCUAUCGCGGCCAGGUCGACUGCAGCAACAGCAGCGGCGGCGACCCCGAACGCGAUCGCACCAGGGUGUCGUGUCUGUACGUGCAUGACGACGACGGCACCAGCGACGGACAGAACCCAUGGCCGGACGCGAUGGGGGUUCUGUACACGAACUGCCCUCGUCCCGAUGGCCGGUCCGAUGUCCGGGCCCAAUACAUUCCCCGAGACGACCGCGGCUUCAUCCCCUCCCUCUGGCCGACCGAGGGUUCUCUUGGCCGCCUCCGCCAUCUCGAGAGCCCCCAUCUCGAAGGUCUGGACGUGCCCGACGCCUCGGCCAUCUGCUAUGCGGCGGCCUCACGACAGCUGAUCGUCACAUCGCGCCGCCUGGCCGAGGGCCGCCGUAUCGUGCGCGCUCCGGGUGUCGAGCGUUCCGACGGCAUCUGCAUGCACGUGAUCGUCCCAUCGGCUGAAGAGCGGCCUCGCGGCGAGUCUCGCCAUCCCGACAACCUCGCCCACGUAUAUGGAAACGGGGCGCAGGAUGCCGUUUACGGCUGCGCGGCUGCUCCGUCGCCUGCGUCGAGCGGUAUGCUCUGUGUCGUCGGGGCCGGCCGUGGUCUCGCGCUGAUCAACGGCGAGCGGCUGCGACGAGGCACCAUGACGGCGGCAAUGGGUGCUGGCGGCCUCGGACGGCGACGCACUGCCGGUCUCUUCCUGUCUGACUACCAGAUCGGCACACCGCCUGCAGACGAGGAGUCAUCGUCGUCCAUCGUCACGGCCGUCGACUUUCUCGAUGGCCAUCCGCAGCUUGUCCUCGCCGGCGGCCGGCGGCCGCAUCCGUGGAUCGUCGAUUUGCGCCAGGGACAACAUCGAUCCUGGCACUCGCUCCGAGGCGAUGCUGGCUGCAGCCCCGACGGUGAACCCCAGGUCACCAAUGCCAUCGCCCAUGUCCGGUCGGCUGGCAGCCAUCGUGUCGUGGCUGCUGGUCUGCGCGAUUCCAUGCUGCUCUAUGAUGUCCGCUGCAUGGGAACAUCUUUCUCGUCUUUCUCGUCUUCCUCGUCACAAUCUCCCGUCGCCUCGUCCGUCGUCCUUCGCUUUGACGAGUAUCGCAACGAGGCCCGUCUGAUGGGCACCGGCUUCGACGUCGAGCCCCGGCUUAACCUCGUUGCCGUCGGCGAUGACCGCAAUGCCUUCUCUCCACCCACUACUGCUGCCAGUGCUGCUAGCAGCGGCGGCGGUGUCUCGCUUUUCUCCAUGGUCACCGGCGAGCGCCUCGCCACCGGUACCGACAUGAUGCGGCGAAUCAGCCAGCCGUGCAGACGCGACACCGCCGUGCCAUCUCCCCUCAUCCUCCCCCGUGUUGCUGCGGUUCGCUUUGCCCGGCUGCCUGGCGACUGCACUUCCAGCCUGUUCGUCGCCGUCGGACACCAAGUCCAGGUGUACUCUCUCGGUGAGCCGUUCGGACCCGAAGACGAAGACGAAGACGAAGACGGGCCAGACUCGCCUCGAGGACCACGUUUGCGUUGA